AUGGCCAGCUCACCUCUUCCCGCCCAGCAACCAUCAAGCAUCCUACCUUGUCAAUAUAUCAUCACCCAGAUCAGGACACUGAUCGUGUCAGAGGGAACAUCCAUCACAGAUCAGCUGUCUUGUGCCCAAAGAGAGUGCCAGCGGAUCGCCGAAGAAGAAAAGCGUGUCGGAAGUGAGCUUAGAGACGCCGAAAAGGAGUUGGACACUGCGAUCAUCGAAGCGGGGGCUACUGAGAAAGCGUUCAACACGAUCUCAGAAUCCACCAGAGCGGACGAGACAGUGAAUCCUUUGUUGGCCGGCACGAGAAGACAAGCAGCAGAAGACGAAAAUAGGCGGAUCGCCAAUGACGAGCGGAAUACACAUGCCGGGAAAGCUCGAUUGAGUCAGACCCUUGUAUUGCUGAACCAGAUUCACAGUGCAGCAUCGAACCUUGUGCAAGCAGAUCGAGAUGAUCGUGACGAGAGGAUUGCAGAAGCGAUGAAUAACGCUCGACGUGUAUCUUCGGAAGGAGUUGAGAGGGCGAAAAGAGAAGUAGAGGAGCUAAGAAAGCAAGUGGCGGAUCUCAAGACAAGAAGGUUUGACAUGGAAGCACUUGCCCUUGUUUGUCGCGGAUUGUCAAAUCUUCAACAGAAAGAUGGAGGGAGGUUGGCAUGCCGUGAUCUCGACGAUAUUCGUACAUCCAGGGUGAUAUGGGAACAGCGACGAGAAAUCUCGAAGAGGGUGUGGAUCAAGCCGGUUUUGAUCUGCUAUCUUCUCGAAAAUUUCUGUUCUUUGAUAGAAUACAUAAGAAGGGGAGAAGAAGAAGAGGAGGAAGAAGAGGAAGAGGAAGAGGAAGAGGAAGAGGAAGAGGAAGAGGAAGAGGAAGAGGAAGAGGAAGAGGAAGAGGAAGAGGAAGAGGAAGAGGAAGAGGAAGAGGAAGAGGAAGAGGAAGAGGAAGAGGAAGAGGAAUAG